UAGCUGUCUCCCCUUUUCUCUCUUCAUACUCUUCUUUGAUCUUUUUUCUUCUUCUUCAUUACCUCCUCUUUUUUUACUUCAUCUUUUCCGUUCACUUCAAUUCCUCUUCUUAUUCUUCUUAUGGUUUUAAUCUAAGUUGGAAGUGGAUAUUAUAGAGUUUGUGAUAGAGCAGAUGUGGAGGAUUUUACGCUGUUCGUGAUGGCUCCAAGCUUCAGGAGAUUUGUCGUUGUUGAGGCAACCGGUGGUUGAUUUAUGGCAGUGGUUGCUAUUUUGGUGGUGGAUGAUGGUAUGGUUUUGGUGGUGGUCGCAGCCACUGCAAGGGAUGUCGUCUUCGUCGCUGAUGCUGUGGUGAUGGAUACAGAGGAUAAAGCAGCGGGAGAAUCCAAGUCGGUAAAUGAAGUCCUCUAUGGCCGAGAUAUGGGAAUCCAACACUCUAACAUUGAAAGGAAGAUCUUGAAACUGAUAUUUAAAAUGAACAAUAAUAACUAUUCAAUUUGGUUUCUUCAACAUUUUGAAUUGAAUGAAACAGUUCAAAUUGGGUGCCAAAGAAGUAUCGGCCAGGUGGAAUCCAUUUAAAGCAUGUACGCCUAGAAUUGAUGAAGCAGUGGUUGCGGAGGUUGCUAUUUUGGUGGUGGAUGAUGGUAUGGUUUUGGUGGUGGUCGCAGCCACUGCAAGGGAUGUCGUCUUCGUCGCUGUGGUGAUGGAUACAGAGGACAAAGUGGCAGGAGAAUUCAGGUCGGUAAAUGAAGUUCUCUAUGGCCGAGAUAUGGGGUUCCAACACUCUACCAUUAAAAGAAAGAUCUUGAAACUGAUAUUAAAAAUGUAUUUUAUUAUCUAUGUAAAUUUUUAAUAUUUUUUUCUUUUUUUGGUCAUUAUUGCAAAAGAUUGGAUGUUUCACCUUUCACUCAUUUAAACUAUAAAGCAUUUUGAGAUUGUUACA